AAAAAGAGAGAAAAAAGAAAAAAACUUUUAGGCUUAGCUUUUAAAGGGCACAAACACAGUCGUAGUUUCUCUCUGAUUCGCACUCUGUGGCGGCUCCGUUUCUUCUUCCACGGGACUCACUGAUCGGGUUUCUUUAUCACGUUUAGGCUUCGAUCUUUCUAGGGUUUCGAUCUGAAACCUUGCGAUCUACGAGAAAGAGAAUUAGAAAUUUAGAAUAAUGUUUGCGCCUGCGACCCAACAGCAACAGCAGCAGCAGCAGCAGAAGAAGCAAUCGGAGCCUGCUUCAUCUGCUGAGGAAGAAGCCUUGAAGUGGAACACCGAUUGCGUUUACUUUCUUGCGUCUCCUUUAACCUGCAAGAAGGGAGCCGAGUGUGAGUAUCGCCACAGUGAGUAUGCGCGUGUCAACCCAAGGGAUUGCUAUUAUUGGCUGAGUGGAAAUUGCAUGAAUCCCAAAUGUGGUUUUCGGCAUCCUCCUUUGGAGGGAUUGUUGGAAAAUAAAGGAGGUGCUCCUUCUGGUUCUUUACAGCCAUCACACGCAGUUGCUCAUCCUGGUGUUGCAAAACAGCCGGUUCCAUGUGUUUUCUUUCAAAAGGGUAUGUGUGUGAAAGGAGAUAUGUGUUCAUUUAUGCACACGUCGAAUCCUGGUUAUAAGAAGCAGCAGCCGGUAGAAGCUAAGCCUGCUGCUGAUCCUCAGCUUUCCAAAAAACCAGUUGAAAAUUACGCCGGGGUGAAGAAAUUGCCUGAUGCUAAUCUUCAAAAUGCAGUUAAAGCCCAUGUUGACAUAUCUGCUGCACCAAGAGUCACAUCUGCUGGUCUAAGGGAUACUAGAGGUGUAGAGGGAUAUACUCCAAAACAUGUGGGAUAUGAGCCUGUUGUGCAGAAAAAGGCUGUGUGUGUUCCUUCUUUUACUGAAAGAGACCAUUUGACUCAGUUGCCUCAGAAAUAUGGAUCUGAUGAUAUUAGCAAUUUCCACAAUGGUAAGGACGCAGAUGACGUCUUAAGAGAGUCGUCUCCUGGGUUUGAUGUUCUUGUGGACAACGAGGCUAGAGAUUCUGAGUAUUAUCAUGUUGAAGAUCGAUAUGGACGCCGAAGUCAGGAGGGUGGGAACUCUGUGAAUGAGUAUGACCCUGAUUUCAGUGCAAUGGCUGAUGGUGAUGGAGAAGCAUUCCGUGAUCAACGUUUUGAUUCAUAUGACCAGAGGGAAGACAGGUACGCAUGGGGCCACCGUCGAGCUUCUUCUGAGAGAGGAGAUCGUUCGGAAAGAAGGGUUUAUGCGGAAGAUGAUAGAUCAGAGAACAUACCGCCAUCAGAUUUGAGAUAUCGCUUGGCUAAGCAGAGGAAAGUUAAUGGUAUGGGAUCAGUAGGAAGCCAUGACUAUGCUGCUCCCGAUUCUUCAAUGGAAAGAGGAUAUAGAGACUCUCGUAGGAAUACACCGAGGGAAAGCUCCAUUAGCAGCAGUCGUCUUCAGGGUAGAAUUAAGCUUCGUGAGAGAAGCAAUGGCGACGACGCUCACUUUGAUAGGAGAACCGAGAGAGGAAGGGACAGAAGCGAGUUAUCUCAAGGUAGACUCCGGGAUAGGAUUAAGGGUAGGUUAGAGGAAAACCAUAGUGGUAGCCAGGAAAGAGGUCCCCGAGCUCCAUGGACGAGAAGAAGAGAAAUGGAAGACGAAAGAAAACCCGGCUUUUCAGCUCCUAGAGGCAUUGCAGAAACUAGAAGCAGCAAAAAAGAGGAAAGUAAGACGGAGACAUCUCUUGGGAAGAGGAAAGGCUUGGAGGAGGAUCAUCAGCCUCAUAAGCGAUCAGGAGAUUCAUUUGCAGCUCCAUUGCCUUUCAGUGAGAUUCUCAAGAGAAAAAGAGCGGCUGCAUCUGGUGGUAGCAGCGACAACAAGGACGAGACGAUAUCGAAGGAGGGAGCUGGAGAUGAGACCAAACUCAGAACAGAAGAGAAAGCCGAGGUUGUCUCUGAACCCAUACCAAUCCACAAAGCUGAAGUAGAAGAAGGAACGAUUAUGGAGGAAGGAGAAGAAGUGAUUGGGGAAGAAGAGGAGCAAGUGUAUGAAGGAAAUGAAGAGGAGCAAGCUUAUGAAGGCGAUGAGCUAAACGGAGAGUACUAUUACGAAGAAGGAUAUGAAGAAGAUGGAGAAUACGCAUACGAAGAAGGCGCAGAAGGCGAAGGAGUUGUUUACGCGGCUGAGGAAGGAGAAGAAGCAACAGAAGGAGGUGCAGCAGAAGGUGAAGAUGACAUUGAGAAGGAGACUGUUGAGAUGUUGUCAUAAAAAGAAGCAGCUUCAACCUUUCGAAGAAAGAGAAUGAUGAUAUAAGGUGUGUGACACAUAAUGCCUUUUUGCUCCUUUUCUUUGCUAAAUGCGAAUGGAGAGCAAAUAAUGCAAGUCGCUUUAUCUUCUUUGGCUUGUCACUGAGUUUUAAUUCGCCAUUUUUUUUUUCUAUUAUGAUUUCUUAAAUUGUAACAGUAGAAGAAAGAAAAGAUACAAUGGUACAAGUAUAACCUACCUCAAAUUUCUGAUUUUUUGUUUUCUUUUUUUCUUAGUUUGUUUCGAUAUAUGGGCUCUUCCUUAUAUUAUUCCUUAAAUUAAAA